UCUAUUUUAAUUUAAUUUCAUUUAAGGGGUGCAUGGAAAUAUACAAUUUACAGUGAUUUUAUAUAACUAUUAACAUUAAACUUAGGCUAAACAUGCAAAAUCGCUGCAGCCUCCUGAACUCGAAGAGCGUAUAUGUAUUGUACUAAGUUAUACUCGACACGCUCAGUUACUCUGGCAUUGACAUAUCGAGUCUGACGAUAUUGAAACGUAGAAACACGGAAGUGUAGUUAAACACCCAGCUGCACUACCUCCAAAAAGCUAGCUUUCAUUGGCGAUUGUAUGGUUUCAUCUGAUACCUGUACUGUUAGAACAAAAUGCCUGAAGUACAGAUACCGAGUAUGAUUAUGUUUAUGCCAAGGAUUCAAGCCAUUGCCAGAAAUGCUAGUGUUGGACUCGAGGGGUUCAAGGCACAUGCUGUGUUUCAGGAAAUCAACAAAAAGCUUCAGGAGGAAGGGGAGCAGUUUGUGAGUAAGAUCGGGGGAGUGUUUGCCUUCAAAGUGAAGGAUGGCCCAAAUGGACAGGAGGCAACUUGGUAUGUGGAUGUGAAGAAUGGAAAAGGCUGUGUUCACAAUGACAUUGAUAAAAAAGCUGACUGUACCAUUGCCAUGUCAGAUACAGAUUUGUUGGCCUUGAUGACGGGGAAGAUGAACCCACAGACUGCAUUUUUCCAGGGCAAGCUAAAGAUCACAGGGAACAUGGGGCUGGCCAUGAAGCUUCAAAACCUGCAGCUGCAGCCGGCCAAGGCCAAGCUGUAGAUGGGACGUCAGACUUGACACCAACUUGAAAUAACCACAAAAAAAAUAAAAAAUUGGAUAACCAUUAGAUCUCUGUAAACCUUCUCAUAACAGGACUUAAUGACAUUCUCUAGUAGUGACCUUACAGAGUGACUGAGGGAUUAGUCAGCAACAGUGCCAAUAUAACAGGAAACUAAGAUAGACAAGAGAUAUGCUGUAACUAAUGCGCUAAUCUAGUUCUGUUCUGCAAACCCUCUCAUGGUACAAUGUCUCCACACUAUACUAAUAAAAAAAUCUGUGAAUGUUUUGAAUAGGGCAGGGGUUUGAGUAGAGCAGAUUUUUGUAAAUUCCUAUCCUGGACAGUGUGGACAGUAAGUGCCUCAAUGUGUCAGAAUUGCAAAUUUUACCUAACAACACAGUGUAUUGCACUGUGAAUGCCUAAAGGAAAGGUUUGCAAUUUUCUGUCAUUUAAAGGUGUUUAACAAAUCUCUUAUUUCUACUUGAAAUGAAUAUAUCUUGGUUAUAAUGUCCCUUUUAUGUCAUUUACUUAAGAAUUAACCACAAGUUUGUCAAAAGUAGUUUGAAUAAUUUAAAAUACAAUAAAAUAGUACAGCAGAAUAGUUUCCCUUUUGAAAUGGCUUGAAGCAAUGGAAUUAACAACAUGGCUGCUCUUAAAGAUUGACGACAUUCUAUGAUCAAAUGGUAAUACUGAAUCUGUGUAAGUAAAAUGUGAAGAGACUGGGCAGAUGUUCCAACAUAAGCUUUAGUGUUAUGCUUGUGUCUCUGCACAAUCAGUGUGUGCAGAGCAGCUAUUAAAUUCUCAUGAUCACACUACUCCUGGCUAACACACAUACGAGGUAUUAAAACACACAUUGUACAUUUUAAGCAUGCUACUUGACAUUACCUAAAUUUUGCCUAAAAUGCCACCGUCAUUUUGACUGGACCAUGUAUGUGUUUCUUUUUUCGGAGGACUUUUCCUAACACUGCAGUGACCUGAUUCCAGACUGCCACGCUGUAGUUUUUUCUUUGUAAAUGGAGGAACAUGGGGGAAACAUGGCUCUGACCCAGAUUCCACUGCAGCUUUGGCAUGGCUCUGAGUUUUCUUACUAUUGAGUUGCACUGGGGUUACUGCAUAGUCACUGUGCAAUUUCAGUGGAAGCUUCAGUUGCAGUCAUGUUUUUUUUUCAUUUUUUGUUUGGAGUGGAACAUAAAAAACAAAACCAGUGUUCACAUUUCAAUAACACUCUAAUCUUUAAGUGAAUGACACAGCAGCUAGUUGCUUUAAGUAAAAAAAGAAAUGCAUAGGUUUAGUAGGUUUAGUCUUGUUAUCAUAUUAGAGACCUGCAUCAAUUCUAACUGUUUUUUUAAAAGUAUAAUACUGCAUACUAUUCAUAUUCAUGUCACUAUGACCCUGACCUGCUACUUUCUGCAAAUAAACAGCAGUGAUUCA